UCUCGUCCCCCUGCAGCUACGGGAGUACAAGGUGGUCGGGCGCUGCCUGCCCACGCCGAAAUGCCGGACUCCGCCUCUCUACCGGAUGCGGAUCUUCGCCCCCAACCAUGUUGUCGCCAAAUCCCGGUUCUGGUAUUUCGUUUCCCAGCUGAAGAAGAUGAAGAAGUCUUCUGGAGAGAUUGUGUACUGUGGCCAGGUAUAUGAGAAGUCCCCUCUGCGGGUAAAAAACUUUGGUAUUUGGCUACGCUAUGAUUCUCGUAGUGGAACUCACAACAUGUACAGGGAGUACAGGGAUUUGACCACAGCUGGUGCUGUCACUCAGUGCUAUCGUGAUAUGGGAGCCCGUCAUCGUGCCCGUGCUCACUCUAUUCAGAUCAUGAAAGUUGAGGAAAUUGCUGCUAGCAAGUGCCGUAGACCAGCAGUCAAGCAGUUCCAUGACUCUAAAAUCAAGUUCCCUCUGCCACACAGAGUUCUGCGUCGCCAGCACAAACCACGUUUCACCACCAAGAGACCAAAUACAUUCUUUUAAAUACAAAAACACGCUGUCAACUCUGUUGUAAUAAAGGUCUUAUUUGAACCUUUGA